CCACUUCUGCCGAUCAGUCUUCUUGCAAACUUCACCUGAGAGGUAUUACCAACGCCGAGGUACCUGUUCAGUCGACCACGCGCGUGCUGUCGCGUCGUAUACGUUUGUUUGUUGACGGAAUUCUGUGUCGACGGUGAUUUUCGCUGAAACCGAUUGAUUAGAGUUUUCCCACAAGAGUAUUAAAAUUGUGAACUAAGCAUUUAUCGGGUUAGUGUUCCAGCCGAGUGUUGGAGUCUCCGCGGCGAGCGUGAGUGGUAGUCCUGCUGUACUGAGUGCUGUGGUGCCGCGGUUCCUGUCGCUUCCGCCAUUCCACCGGCGCUGGCCCGGCCUUCUCUGCUGCGAUCUAAGGAUGAGCAAUCAAUAGCUGGGAUGCCUGAUGUCAUCCGAACGGACUCUCAACGAUCGGACGCAUCCGUAAAGCCACGCGUGUCCUUCAAUAGGGACGUCCACGUGAAGCGUAUUGUGCCAAGGGAGAGCGCUCGUGUUGGUGGAGUAGUCAACGGGGACGGGGCGAGUCACCUGGUGGCUUCGCCCGUCAGGAAGGAGCGACUCAAAAAGUCUAAGAAGGAGCUUGCCGAAGAGGCCGCGCGGAUUCUCCAGCAAGCUGAUCAGAUUGACUGCGUCACAGGGAACAAAGGUGUGCGGCCUGAGAGAUUCUACACCUUACCCAACAGAAAAAAGAAGGACUACUCAUCGGCCUCUCUGGACAGGCGAAUAAAACGCAGAGGUUCCCUAGAACUAGUGCCACCGAAGAAACCGCCCCGUACUUUCGUGGCUAGUUCGCAACCCCCGCAGAAAACCUCCAUAUUCGACAUAUUUAAGAAAGAUAAGAAACCGGAACCAAAGAAAUCGAAUCUUCGUCGUAGUGUUAGUGAUGCGUCAAACUUAAAAUCUAAAACGUACGGUCCGUCGAAUAACGAACAACCCUAUAGGAAACGAUCGGGUAGUGAUGCUGAAGAUGUUCUAAAUAAUUCCCGAAACUCGAAGAAGCAACUGUCACCGAUUAUAGAGGUGACACAACGUGAAGACUAUUUUACACGGGUUGAUAUAGAGCAUGACAAAGAAAACAUCAACAAUAACGAAAACUUAAAUGAUUCGGUUAAGAGAAAUGACAGCGUAACUGAGAAACUUAAAGAGUAUAUUGACGAGGUAGACGAACAACUCUUCAAAGAAACUGGUGUGAAAAUUAGCCCACCGAAAGAAGAAUCUAGUGAACCCCUGCCUAUUAUUAUAGACGUAGAAAAAGCGGAAAAGAUCUCUGGAAAGAACAAAAAAUUCAAGGAUUCUGCUCUUGGUAAAAAACUAAAAUCGAUAACACACAAGAAGAGCAAAAUCAAUGAAGCUGGGAAGAAUAAGAAAUCACUGUCAAAAACCAAAGUCAAAGAAAAGGAGCCUGCUUCAAAGUCUGAGAAGCAGGUCAAAUCACCAGUGAAGGUAGAAGAGAAACCCAAAACCGAAGAAAAGGUACCUUUAGGUUCCCUUUCUCCAUCACCUAAGAUAAAGGCGGCGGUGGAAAAUUUCGAAAAGUUGAAUAGAACUUCGCCUACCAUGAUUCACAGCAGUCAAAAACCGGCGGAUAAGCUCCCUUUGACUAAAGGCCGGACCGUGAACUCAAUGGUAAAACGUCUUAGCAACGAUUCUUGUUCACCACCACCUCCUAAAACAAGUAUAAUGAUUACACCGCACGGCUCGGUGCAACAUAACAACAACCAACCAUUUUCUUACACCCGCGGUUUGAGUCCAGAGAAAUACAUGUCGAAUGAAAAUUUACCUAAUCCAGGAAGUCCUAUAAUUUAUGCACAAGUAGUUUGCGGUUCGAACGGUACAGGACCGGCAAAACAAACAGUGCAUGCCGCUUACCCAAAUGGAAAAAAACACCCCCACUCAGACUCCGACGAAGGCUUAGGUGGGGAAGAAAAUUCGGGCUUCAGUCGUUUGGACAAAAGUGUUACCCACUUCGGCGACGAUCGCUACAAUGGAAACAGUUUCAGGAAAUCCCGUGACGAAUACUUGGACGACGACAAGUUUGAAGAAGAGAGUCCUAUAACGCCGAAAUUCAGAAACCCAGCGUACCUAAACGGCUUUUCUGAUUACGAAAGGAAAAUAAAUGAGUCUUCCAGGUUGGAGUAUUCCGGAUACAUAGAUUCCUCCUCUAGGGGAAGAGGUGAUGGAAUGGAUGCCAAAAGACGCGAAAGCUUAACAGAAAACGAAAAUGGCUUCGCUUCAAAAACUUUAAAUGGUCAUGGUCGUACUGACCUGAGUGCCAGGAGGGAUUUGUUGGAGUCUAGGAUAAAAACCAGACUGCAAGACAACAGUUUGAGAAUUUCUCCUGAGUACAUCCAAAACACCACUCCUACCAACAUUUACAUCUCUGAAACUACUUCAAAGUACUACAGAGGAGGUUCAGCUAGUCCAGUAGGUUACACGGAGAAAUAUGUUUCGGAAAGUCGAACGGACAAAUACGGGCAGCCCCGUAAAGUCGAAUCGAGAUCCAAGCAUUACUUCGGCGAGCGUAAAGAUAGUUUAGAGUACGAAAACCACGUGAAAUCUAACGGUUAUCAAUAUAACGGCUUCGAUAGUGAGCCCAAGAGUUUCGAUUCUCAGAUAAGCGACUAUAGAUCAUCUCCGGAGAAUCGACACUUUGAAGCUAGUCAUAACAAGUCAAACAACAGGUAUAAUAGUAGGAGCGAGAACCAGAAAAUCUUAAAAAAUAGGGAUAUGUAUAAGUCAACUCCGGAGAUCCAUCAGAAAAGUUAUCGCGAAGAAUUCCACGACUCCUACCAUGAUUCCCUGAGAAGGGAUAAAGUAGAAAACAGGGUUACGAAUUCUUCAAAGUACAGAUCUGAGCGAUAUCUAGACCAGAGCGAAAGCGAGAGGAAGGACAAGUUUGGGGAUUCCGGAAUCGAAAACGACUUUAGGCGCGACUCUGGAGAAAACUUCCGCGUAAGCCGUCCCUCGAAAUCCAGACGGGAAUACUGCAAUGAAAGCGAAGACGAAGGGUUCGCUAGUUCUCUUCUCAUUGCCAGCGAGAGACAACACACUGAAGAUAAUAUCAAUCACAGGAAAAGAAGGGACUACGAUUCGGACAGAGCUAAUUCCAGGGAGGACGAUUCUUACAGGAACAUGGAACAUAUGGAUUACAAAAGCAAAGUGCGACACGAUUAUGUUCCCAGAGAGAGAAGCAUAGAUGAUGGAUCUCACUACGACCCCCGCAUCGAUAAAGAUGGGGACAGAUCCACUCUCAAACGCGUAGAUAAGAAGCCACCGAAGCCGGAGAAGAAGAGUGGAUUAGAAAAGGUUAAGUCGCUUUUUACACGUGACAGCAAAAAGAAGAAGGAAAAGCAGCAACCCGGAAUGGUACCUGAGGAAAGCUUGAGAGCAAGAUACGUGGAAUACAAGGGAAGAGAUACUGUUGAUUCAAAAUUGAAGAAGAAGCAAGUAAAAGACGUCCAAGCGAGCAACGAUUACAGCAACAGAAGACGACUGUCGACGCCGAGCCCAAGUCCCACGCGCGAGACCCAGCGGAACGGAAAAUCAGAAACCACCCACGGAAGCUGGUUCAAGUCCUUGGAUAGGCUCUCCAGAAAGAAGACCAAUAAGGAUGAGAGGGAAGGCAACUUCACUAGCGGCACGGAAGAGGACACCCCUACGAAACCGAUCCCCACGAAAAACCUCCGAUUCUUCGGCGACACCGACAUCGAGUCCAACGACAGUGUCCGCCACAGAUCCUCCCUCAAAACCCGACCUGGAAUCUCUUACAGAGACCGCACCAGGAGUCAGUCGACCAGAGACCUGCACAACAUCUCCGAGGAGUUACGAACGCCAGAACUGAACGUGAGGAAAAACAGCCACAAGUCCAUGAUGAAUAUAUCGGAGUCUGACAGGGACAUUAAGGGGUCCCGUGUGAGUCUGAAACCGCCCAUAUCUCCAAGUAAUAGGGCUCCAAGGGAAGUCCCCAGGCAGAGGGAGGAGAGGGAAAGAGGGCGGAGGAGGAAAAACGAAGUGAGCUCUGUGGAGAGCUCGACAGAGGGCGAUAGUAGUCAACAGUCGCAGAGGAGUAUUGUGUACCUUCACGCGGCUACUGUUGGAGACAUACCAGGUCCCGGUUACAUUCGCAACGGCCGAAGAGCUGCGUCUAGAGAAGAACUAGCGUCUAACGGCUCCAGCCGGAUCCAGCCUCAAGUCAAAACCCUAAGCAGAUCGUUCUCAGUCUUGGCACCAUGGAAACCAAGAUUGUCUAGGGAAGGUAUGGAUAUCGACUACACACAGUAUCCGAAACCUAGCAAAAACGGCAAAUACGAGCAGAGAGUUCCUAAAAACACGUCCAGUCGCAAAGACAACACCUCGACCCUCAAGAAAAAGGCACAGGAAACCAAAAAGAAUAACAACUCCACGUUGAAUAGAAGAUCUAAAAGUAAAGAGAACGUAUCAUCUCAGACCUUGAGGAGAUCCAGGGAGGAGUUGUCUAGGGGUUCCAGUUCCACGCUGUACAAGAAGAAGGAUAGGUUACCACGAGAAAACUCUAGAUACACCAAGGACAGGGAGGACAAAAAGAUAUCGUCCAAGAGUUUGUCAGUGGAAUCACUAGGAAGUAAUGGUAGGUCGAUGAGGAAGUCGAGGGACGAGAGCAGAGACAUAUCUCGGUCAGUUUCCAUGCCAAGAGACCCGGAGAAGUCUGCAGGAUGGUUCAAGAUGUCGAAGAAGAGCAAAAUAUCGGGAAGCACCCAGAGACUGUGAUCAAUCGUACUUUUAAAUGUAAAUAUAAGCAGAGUACAAGAUCAUGUGCCAUCUGCUGUUUCAGAGUCGUUCUCUCGCAUUUAAUGUCGAUUAAAUAGUGUCUGAGAUGAACCCACUGUCAGUUACUUUUAGUUAAUAUUUAAAAUGUGCCUUAUAGAUUUAGAUCACCUGACGGAUGCGGUUUCUUUUUCAUUACGCCAGAGAACCUAGUGAAAAGGAAACUGGAUUGUAUUAUUAAGUUUUUAAACAGCUUUAGGGCCGAUACUGCCUUCAGUUAAGAUUCCGUUAUCUAAUCUUACGAUUAGAGGGGUAUAUACGUAGUUUUCGUGUAUUUUAUAAACUAAUCGUGCUAUUGGCUAACCGAGUUUCAAUCGGAGUUGAAAACGUCGGUACUUACUUGCUAUUUUUGACCUAACACGACGUACUCUAAGAUUCAGUGUACUGAUACGAAAUAAAAAUGCAUUGAAUAAUAUGGUGCUAUAUUAGUUUGUAAUUGUACUUGUAAACUGUGUAAAUAACAUUCCUUGUUUUUUUUUUUUUGUAAAUUAUGGGUAAGGUAUUUAAUAUAAUUCUUAGGUUUUAUAUAUUACUUUUAAACUUUCCAGUUUGUUACCAAAUUGCUUAAUACGAAUUUGGACCUUGUAGAAAUGUCUGAAAGUAAUACAUUGUUAGAAGUAAUAAAACGUAUUUUUAGUCACUAAACAAAAUAUUGUGUAAUUAUGUGCUAUAUUAAACAUGAAUAAAAC